AUGUCCUUGAAAAGCUUGCUCCUUGGCUCGUUGCUGUCGAGUUUUGUCGUUCAAGCUGUUGCGACCCCGGUCAUUGCUGCUAGAGGUCAAUAUGCCAAAGAUGCCUUACGCAAGCGAGCCAACCUGAACGUCAAACGGACAACUACUACUGACACUACAACUAUUGAUUGGGUACCCAUUGACUCUCAGGGGAAAAUUGCAACUCCUCCUCCCAACAUCGUAUCUGUUGCAGCAACAAAUGCCUCCAAGCCAAUAUCGGAGCUGCAACAGCCAGGUGCAGAGGUCGGCCCACCAGGAACUGUUCCUAUCCCCCAAGUUGACCCCGACUAUCUCGCAAAUGUUGCUGAGAAGGGGCUCCCGGAAAUACGAUCUGCCAAGGCGAAGAGACAGUAUGCCGGCAAUCAUUGGUAUGUGACGUCAAAUCAGAACGUAGCCAAUUGGGGUGGCAAGGCAACCUACAGCGUUUAUAAGGCGUUUGUCAAUAACGGCGGCGACUUCUCUCUGCUGCAAACUGCUGUCGUCAAGUCAAACACCAACGGUGGACAAACCUUGGAAGCGGGAUGGAUAAACUACCCCAAUCAGGUUUCUCAGCCCCAUUUGUUCACGUACUAUACAACAAACGGCUACUCCUCGCAGGGUGACAACGUUGGAGGCUGGAACCAAGACGUUGCUGGGUGGGUCCAAUAUGAUAGCGAGAUCUUUCCGGGAACUGUCUUCUCGCCAAACAGCGUUGACGGCGGUGCCCAAUACGAGAUUGAAAUCCAAUAUCUUCUCUAUCAAGGCAACUGGUGGCUUUGGGUUCUUGACCGCUGGAUUGGAUACUAUCCCGCCAGUCUGUUUAGCAAUGGUAUUUCUGGAGUUACUCUGGCUACCGGAUCUGAUAUGAUCUUCUACUAUGGAGAGAUCUAUCAGAGCGAGGGGCCACUCACUACUACUGAUAUGGGCAGUGGAGAGUUCGGAACCACAGGCUUUGGCCACUCAGCAUACAUCCACAAUAUGGUUUAUACUGAUACUACCGGGAGCACAUACUAUGAUUAUACGGCAAGCUUCGGUGACUCUGACUCCGCCAGAUAUAACCAUCAAAACGUUGCCUCAAGCGGCACCAAUUGGGGAAGCUAUGUCUAUCUUGGCGGCCCUGGAGCGGGUGGGGUCGUGGGUGGAUAA